CAGUAUAAAAACUGUUAAGGCUGUUUAUUAUUCUUUUUGCUGGAAUGGUAUGACAGGAAAGUAUAUGUAAUGGAGAACAUAAAUGAACUGCGGAAGCGGCAGAGUGAAAUUCAUCCUGGUUUUGGAUCGUAUCUGGAAUGUAUGACAAGAGCUCUCUUUACAGGUCUUGCUGCUUUUACUCUAGCUUUCUCUGGUUCUUUCAUAGGACAGUCACUUCUGAAGAAAAAUCUUCCUUAUGGGAGAAAUGGCCACAUAUUAGCAUCAAGCAUUCUGGCAGCAAUAGUUUCGUACCAAGUAACUACACAACGGACAAAAUCUUGUCAGGCUGCAUGGAUGGCAGCAGAAGAUAAGCAUACGUACUUCAAGGAGGAUCCUGAGGGUGAAGAAACAUCAUCUUCAUAAGCCUACAGCAUUGUGAGAUAACGAGUUAUAGAAGCAUUAAAGGAAAGUUUGAUUUCUCCAGGUGUUUGAUAACAUUGUUUCAUAAUCCUUUUUAAGUUAAAAGGAAUUGUAAAUAUGAAAUAUCUUCAUAAUAUGAUCACUUUUUCUCAAAACAAGUGU